UUAUGGACCCUUCUAAAACAUAAAUGUUAAAGUUAUCAUAGUCUACUAAAGAGAGAGUAGAAGCUGCAAAAUAGUAUAUCGAAAAGAAAUACCAAAAGUUACUUUAUGAAUAAAAAGAGAAAAGAGAAAAGUGGGAACAAUUAAUUCAAAAGCUGACUAAUCUCAAUUAUACACCUAUUGAGCAAUAAGUUAUCAAGUAAGACUUGCUUCACAAAGAGGCUGAGAUAAUGAGAUUAUAGAGACAAAAACUAAGCAUAAAAGACUUUGAACCAAUUGAAAUUAUUGGAAGAGGUGCUUUUGGUGAGGUAAGAUUGUGUAGAAAUAAAUUAUCUAAUGAUAUAGUUGCAGUUAAGAAAAUGAAAAAGUCUGAAAUGCUUUAUAAAAAUUAAGUAUCUAAAGUAAUUUAGUAAGGUUUGUCAUGUUAGGGCAGAAAGAGAUCUAUUAGCAGCUUCAGAUAAUCCUUGGAUAGUUUAAUUAAAAUGCUCAUUUUAAGAUGAAAAGUAUAAAAUUCUAUUAUGUAAGAUAUCUUUACUUAGUAAUGGAAUACUUGGCAGGAGGAGAUUUGAUGACAUUAUUAAUGAAGAAAGACAUUUUUACAGAGAAAGAAUCAUAAUUUUAUAUGGCAGAAUCAAUAAUGUAUAAUAUAAAUAAAUAAGUAUAGGGCAGUAGAUUCUGUUCAUAAAUUAAAAUAUAUACAUAGAGAUUUAAAGCCAGAUAAUAUUUUAUUAUAAACAGAUGGACACAUCAAAUUAAGUGAUUUUGGAUUAUGUAAAUAUGUAGAAUCAAGAGGAACUAGAUUAGAUGAAAGAAUUAGUAUACAUAAGCCAGAGGAUAAAGGAGGUAAUACAACAACCUUCAAGAGAAAUAGAAUUAAGGCUUAUAGCACAGUAGGAACUCCUGAUUAUAUUGCACCUGAAGUCUUUGGAAAAUCUGGUUAUAAUGAAACAGCAGAUUGGUGGUCAUUAGGAGCUAUAUUAUUUGAAAUGUUGGUAGGAUAUCCACCAUUCUUUUCUGAUGAUCCUUCAUCAACUUGUUAGAAGAUUAUAAAUUGGAAAAAAACACUUGUUAUACCAUAGGAAGCCAAAUUAUCUCCUGCUGCUACUGAUUUAAUAUUAAGACUUAUGACAGAUGCUUCUAAUAGAUUGGGAGUGAAUGGAGUCAAUGAGAUUAAAGCUCAUCCCUUCUUUGCUGGUAUAGAUUGGAAAAAUCUAAGAUCCAAGGUAUCACCUUAUAUACCAGAAAUUAAAUCUGAAUUGGAUACUAGGAACUUUGAUAAAUUUGAAGAAUAGGAACCUUGGGUACCCUAAGAGUAAGUAUUUAUUUCAAACAAAGCUCUGGUAAAUCAGUUAGAAAAGAUGUGAAUUUUAUAGGAUACACAUUUAAUAGAGAAGUAGAAGUUCAAAGAUCUUAUCUCCUUUAAGCUUUACUAGAUCUUGAUUCUAUAUAAACACAAAAAACGGUAGUUUUUAAUUCAUUUAUUUAGGUACCCACUGAAUCAACUUUGAGUAAAUCUUAAGAAAAGAAAGAUACAUUUUUUACAUCUAAUUUACCUAAUAGUAUUUCUUUAGAUCCAGAAUUGUAAAGCAAAUUAUUAAAAACUCAAAAAUUAUUAUAAAAUGCUAAAUCAAAGUAAAAUAGAAUAAUAUACUAAGGCCACUCUUGAGUUAAAAAGAAUUAUCAAAUACUUAGAAAUAAUAACAAUAAUUAAGUUUGAGUCCCACACAUUAAAAUUUCAAUCAAUAAAAUUAUUUGAAAUAAUUAAUAAGUCCAUAAAAUAAAAAAAAUGCUAUUUCACCUUAAUCCAAACCUGUUAGUGAACAUCAAAAUCCAACUUUGGCUUAACUAUAUAAAUAAUUUGAGGUAUAAAAAUAAGUAAGCAAUACUUAAAGAGUUUAACCAAAAUCACAGAUUUAAAUGCCUAUAAAUAGUAAUAUAAAUAAAAAAUGA